AUGCCGUGUCCCUCAUGUCAGGCCUUCGAGCUACAAGGACGUAGUAUCAACUUAAACCUGCGGAUCGAGUUAGUGGGCCACGCUGAUGAAGGUGACCAGGAACUCACCAGCGAGGAUGUUGAAGAUAACAAAUCAGCAAGGAACGAUAAGGCUUCCCUUCUACUUCUGCCAACACAAAAACACGAAGAUGGCGAGGUGGACUCCAUUGUCAGGCUGAAAGAGCGCCUGCAGAUGGCAGAGAUGGGCUGCGAAACGCUGCGAAAUCUGUACCAAAUUUACAGACUUCGCUGGUUAGAGGAAAAUUACCGGGCAAGGAUGAUGGAGAAAUACGUACCGAGUGGAAUCAGUACUUGUUCUCCUCAUCAGAUUGCAUGGGACGCCCCUUCUCCAACUCAAAGCGAAUACGAACUUGAGGUUGAUGGCUGA